CAGAAACCCGAUCCCCAAAACAAGCAGCGCCCCAAUUCCCACAGAGCAGUUUCCAAUCCCAUCCCCCUCCUCUCUCUCGCAGUUGCAGAGCAGCCAGCGAUCGGAGCAGCAGCCAUGGACGGCGCCAAGAAGAGCCGGAACCCGAACAAGGCCUCCGCGGACUACCGCAGCGACCGCAAGUCGGCCUCCGGCAUGAGCGGCGACCCCAAGAAGGGCGGCCGCGGCGGCAAGUUCACCUGGGAGGGCGCCGAUGGCUACGCCGACGAGGACCUCGACCUCAUCUCCAACUCCAAGAACAACGCCGCCCGCGCCGCCAAGGGAGGCCCCAACGCCGCCAAGAAGGACGACGACGACGAGUAGGGCCCCGGCCUCGGCCUCCGCCCGCCCCGUCCGAUCGGUCGCCAGCAAGCAAGUCCCUAUUCCAGUGUGAUUCCAGUCGCUGUCCGGUUCUCGUGUCGAAUAAUCUUGUGGUGGGUCUAGGCGUCGUGUUCGUGAGCGUGUAGCGGGGAGCCAGUGGGCGAUCGACGGGCCGUGCAGGGUCUGUAGAUACCAUCUCGCCUCGUCUGUCCUAGACUUGUGUCUGAAUUCUCUGAUUGGAUAGACUGAUUUCAUUUCCAAAAUCGUUGGCCUGAUUGCGUCUGCGGCUCUUGUUUGCUCGGAA